UCAGGACUCAGACAACAACUUUGCCGAAAUUAAGACACAGUUAUCCAAACAUCCUAAAAUAGUUUUCCUAAAUAAAGGCUAAAGAGAAAAAGAGUGAUCCAUGUUUUUGAAAUCUGGCUUUCCAUAUUUCGAAUUUUCCAUUUUCGUCGUCUACCUCCGCUCGCCGUUGCGUGUGCAUGCCGGUUCGCCGUCGCUGAUUCUGGGAUCGGAAGCGUUUCUCGAUGAGAUGAGAAACGGGAGCGUUGAUGGGAAUGAGAAAAACUUUUCUGGCGAUCCCUCUCGUUUUUUGUGUCUGUGUUUGUGUCUCGCUGAAGUCGGCUCAAGACGUCGCGGUCUCGAUUUCGUCCUCCGUCGCCGGUGACGGGCUUUUGAAUGAUUACGGCGGAUCUCGCGGCGAUGCGGCGGAGCAACCGUGGAUUCACUGCAGAAAAGAAUUGAAAGAUAAGGACAAGAGCAACAAAGGUUGUCCCCUGUAUACCCCACUUGAAUUGUCUCGAUACCUGAAAUCGUUGGUGUUAACCGGUCAAAAAAUCUACCGGAACUCGAUCUCGAGCAACAGGGUUUGGUUGAGCUACUGGCUCUCGUCUCGUCGCAGUUCGGGCGGCUACUCGAGAAGAAAACUGAUCGGUGAUACAGAUCAGUCUCCUGCUCCUGCUCCUGCUUCUGCUCCGAGUUUUGCUCCUGAUCCUGCUCCUGCGCCAGUUCCAUCGAGUUAUGGUCUGGCACCUGCAAGCUCUCAGUCACGGCCGCCUUCAUAUUCCCCUUCUCAGGCACCGGAUGAAUCAACUUCCGGAUCGAUUAGGACGAGUUCCCCUGUUUAUCCACCUACUCAACCCGUUCCAGGUCCUUUUCCAAAGGAGUGGAAUGCUACUGUGAUGGAACUUAUCAUUGCCGUUGUUACAACCUCUGCAGUGACGUUCAUCCUUGCCGCAUUGUUAUUCUUGUAUUGCUUGAGACGCAGCGGUGGCAAUGCAGUUGGUCCUAGAGAAGGACAGAGGGAUGAAAAGCCGCUCCUCCAUUUGAUCGAUUUUAUCGAUUUUUCAACCGGAUCGGAGGAAAACUCUCCCACCGUAAGAAGCGCGAGCAAGAAGCAUUUUAGUACAAGUUCGAAAAGGCGAUCCUUUAUUACGAGCUUCUCUCUGAAGCUAAAUGGUAAUGAGUCAUCGUCACUAGCCGAUGCAUCAUCUGUCGGGCCUCCUACCUUGAAGCCUCCCCCCGGAAAAUCAGCUCCUCCACCUCCACAAGCACAACCAAUGCCGCCGCCUCCUCCCCGACCUCAGCCCCCUCCUCCGCCUAAAGUUGCUCGGCCUCCACCUGCCCCGCCGAAAGGUGCAGUUGCUGGUCUGAAGAAAAAACACCCGGGACAUAGUUCCUCUGGGGAUGGAUCUGAUAUCGAUUCCGAGACUGGAUCCUCGAAAGCCAAACUAAAGCCGUUCUUCUGGGAUAAAGUUAAUGCCAACCCUGAUCAGAAAAUGGUUUGGCAUGAGAUUAGCGCUGGUUCCUUCCAGUUCAAUGAAGAGAUGAUGCAGUCGUUGUUUGGCUACAACGACGCGAACAAAAACAAAAACGAGCAGGGGAAGAAUUCAUCGCGCGAAUCCCCUGCCCAGUAUGUGCAGAUAAUCGACACCAGGAAAGCCCAGAACUUAUCUAUCCUUUUCCGGGCUCUGAACGUCACCAUAGAUGAAGUUGUCGAUGCCAUUAAAGAAGGUAAUGAACUCCCGGUCGAGCUCCUACAAACGUUGCUGAAGAUGGCUCCAACACCUGAAGAGGAACUGAAGCUCCGACUAUACGAUGGCGAUCUUUAUCAGCUCGGGCCGGCCGAGCGUUUCCUCAAGAUUGUAGUGGACAUACCCUUUGCAUUUAGCCGUAUCGAGUCGCUUCUAUUCAUGGUUUCGCUUCAGGAGGAAGUAUCCAGUCUCAAAGAAUCCUUUGCAACUCUCGAGGUUGCUUGCAAGAAACUCCGAAACAGCAGAUUGUUCCUAAAACUGCUUGAAGCUAUCCUCAAGACGGGAAAUCGCAUGAAUGAUGGUACAUAUCGUGGUGGCGCUCAGGCGUUCAAACUCGACACCCUCUUAAAAGUCUCCGAUGUCAAAGGAACCGACGGAAAGACCACUCUAUUGCACUUUGUUGUCCUCGAGAUCAUCCGAUCAGAAGGGGUUCGUGCCCUUAGAACACAGUCAAGCCGAAGCUUCUCUAGCAUGAAGACAGAAGAUACAAUUCCGGAUUCUAGCCCUGAAUCAGCCGAGCGUUACCGCAGCAUCGGUCUUCAGGUGGUCUCGGGAUUAAGCACUGAACUCGAAGACGUCAAGAAAGCGGCAGUAAUAGACGCAGACGGGUUAGCUGCGACGCUUUCAUCUCUCGGCAGCUCGCUAGCGAAAGCGAGCGAGUUUCUGGACAAGAUGGACAAAGACUGCGAUUUCGAGCGAGCUCUCGGGGGGUUCAUCGAACGGGCGGAAUCGGAUAUCAAAUGGUUACAGGAAGAAGAAGAGAGGAUAAUGGUUCUCGUGAAGAGCAUCGCGGAUUAUUUCCACGGGAACUCGGCCAAGAACGAAGGGCUGCGACUUUUUGCGAUCGUCCGAGAUUUCUUGAUCAUGUUGGAUAAAGUGUGCAAAGAAGUGAAAGAUAAGGCGAUGACGACGAAAAAGAAUGAGGCGUCUCCUAGGAAGGAGACAUCAUCCGCUCCGGACAACAAACAGCCGUCUCCGGACAUAAGACAACGUCUGUUUCCGGCCAUCGCUGACCGGAGACCAGACAGUUUCGACAGCUCAGACGAUGACGAUGACGACAGCAGUAGUUCGUCUUCGUAAUCUGAAGGUAAACCACUUAGAUUCAAAGUGUAUCCAUCUGUUAUAAUCAUGAAUUGUGUUGUUCCAUAUGAAUUUGUUGUUUGUUUAUUGUAUUUUUUCUUUACCAAAGAUGAUGAAACUUUCGUGAGGAGUGUCUGAAAUCAUAUUUGAUUAGUAAUA